GGCUGGAUUGAAGCCUCCAGCGUGUUUGGAGUUAAUUCCCAUUAGGUUGGACUCCGCCCCUUUCUCCCAAAGGUAAAGCAGGGUUUUCAAGCAACCCUGCAAAGAGCAGCUGGGAUUCCCAUCCCCUUCUGACAAGCUGUAAGGAGAAGUUGUUUCUCAGAUCUGAGUUUGAAGAGAGGAAACAAGUCAAUCAGCCUUCGUGGCCAGAAGCCUAGAGACCACAGAACUCUAAAUCAGGUGGAAGGAAGGAAUGAUGGAAAAAGUGCUGGAAAGCAGAAGCCCAUAAGGACCCAAAUGGUCCUCGAGAGAAUAAUUUUAUCCAAAAGCAAGAGCCAAGUGACAUAUAAAUGAGCCACAGGACUGGCCAGCCAGAUGAAAAAUAGACUGAUGGAGCCUACAUGAUAACUUUCUGUAUUUGAUUCUGUGACCCAAAACUAACUCAUCUCCCCAUACCUACAGAGAAACCUGGGACCAUGAGGAGCAGCCUGACACUGGUGGGGACCCUCUGGGCCUUCCUGUCCCUUGUUACUGCUAUGGCCAGUUCUACCAGUUACUUCCUGCCAUACUGGCUCUUUGGAUCCCAGCUGGGGAAGCCAGUGUCAUUCAGCACAUUCCGGAGGUGCAACUACCCUGUGCGGGGAGAGGGGCACAGUCUGAUCAUGGUGGAAGAAUGUGGGCGCUAUGCCAGCUUCAGUGCCAUCCCAAGCCUUGCCUGGCAGAUGUGCACAGUGGUGACAGGUGUUGGCUGUGCUCUCCUGCUCCUGGUGGCCAUGACUGCAGUCCUGGGCUGCUGCAUGGAGGAGCUUAUCUCCAGAAUGAUGGGACGUUGCAUGGGAGCAGCACAGUUCGUGGGAGGGCUGCUGAUAAGCUCAGGCUGUGCAUUAUACCCCUUAGGAUGGAAUAGCCCGGAAGUAAUGCAAACAUGUGGGAAUAUCUCCAAUCAAUUUCAGUUAG